CUUCGCCGUGCCGGGAUGAUCCAUGGCCGUGACGCCAUGGAUCUGUGACGAUGACGUGGCGAAGCGUGCGCACCGGGCUCUACAUCCAUCUCUGCGUCAGUGGAACAGGAACAAAACUCUCCCAGGUUCCCAGUGGCGAUCCAACAGUGCCAUCCAAAGAGUUCAAGGGGAUCUUUUCCAGGAAGAGUGUCGUGUAGCUGGACAACUGGUCAACCUGUCGACGGUCUGCGUGAAUUUGCGGGAAAACGGACAUCGUGAGCUGCAACGUUUGCGCAGAUCCUUUGGCCAGGUGCCGGAGCCCGAGCUGACGGAGUCCCUAUGGAUACGGCUAGUGCCUCGCCUGGAUCUUCAGCGCUUGUGCAGCGAUGGCCAGGUGGCUGGAAGCGUCUUCGGGCUUUUGGCACGGCAGAUCUUUCAAGAACUGGUGGAUUGGAAAUGGCUGGAGAAGGUGAGCUUAGAAUCCCACCAGGAUUCGAGUUUUAUGGAGUGGCAGGUGAAUUUUCUGAGUCUACUGGGUAUCGUUGAGCGGAUGGCCAGCUUUGCGCUGCAGAUCAAUGGCUUGGAUCAGGACCCCAACAGGAGUAUCCAGGCCACUGCCCAAUACCACCGAUGCCAACCACAGUACCAGCUCUCCUCCACGAAAAAAGUCGGCUUCAUGGGGUGCCUGGCUGCGGAUGAUGCAAUUUGGCGACCGGAGGAAAGAAGUUGGACGCUUCCCGAUCGUUUGGAAGGAUCCAAUUCUGAGGUGGAACGCCUUGUGAAUGAAACCGAUGCGCUCUACGAAGCGGAACAUGUGGGCAUCUAUUUCCCAUCCACUCUGGUUCCUUCCAUGCGGAUGCUUGCGGCAACGCCAGAGUUUGCGGAGGCCUACAAGGGUGUCACCUGUGACCCCAAGGUACAGGAGCGGACCUUUCCCUUUGGCGCUGGGAUGACCAAUGCUGAUGUCGAGAUCUUCGAGAAGUUGCGAUAUUUGCCCAGUCUACCUGUUCAUCGAAUCUUUGAGAUCGGCAAUGCCUUUGGAUAUUCCACCACGAUCUUGGCCAAGCUCUGGCCCACGGCGGUGCUGGACGUGAUAGAUGCAGAGGUGGAGGGCAACUGCCCACGUGUGGGGUCCACGCUGUCGCGAAAGAUUCUGCAGAAGAUCCAGGCAAAUGUGAAUCUGCACAUUGGAUUUUCGCCUCAAGAUGUGCCUGCUGCCAUGCGUGAGCCACGGAGAUACGAAUUGGUCUUCAUAGAUGGCCUACAUACACUGGAACAGUUGAUCUUGGACUUUGAGGCGGUCCGGCCCUACCUGGCUGAACGAUGCGUUGUCGUUCUGCAUGAUGUGGAAUUUUCCUUCUUACGCAACAGCGUCAAAUGGAUUAUGGCCAGCCCGGCGGGAUCUGGCUUCCGCUAUUUCCGCGGCAAAACUGCGGCGUAUCGCAACUUCUUGGGCACCGGCAUGAUGGUCCGCAACAUCUCAGUAGAGGAGAUGGCCCUGGUGGGUCAGGAGGUGGAUUGGCUCAGCAGCUGAGCGAAACGGUGGGCUUUCACCUUCCAGACAUGGCUUGUGUAGUCACGAGGAAAAA